UCUGCUCUUCAUUCUGUUCAAGUCUGUCAACCCGGUUACUUUACUAGCAGCACACACCCUACUCUACAACUUUAAGACCAUGAGCAAGUCUUUCUCAUCUGCUGAAACGGCCUCUUCCUACCGUCGAACCUUCGGCUCCGGCUUAGGCUCCACUAUGUCCAGCUCCCUGUUUGGCCAUGGUUCUUCUGGCUCUUCCCGCGUUUCUUCCAGAGUCUAUGAAGUGACCAAGACCUCCUCCUCGGCCCCUGUUUACUCAGGCCACCGCUCCGGAGCAUCCUCCUAUGGCUAUGGUGGUGGAGUCGUGAGCCGCUCCUACGCCGGUUUGGGUGAUAAGCUAGACUUCAGCCUGGCUGACGCCAUGAACCAGGAUUUCCUGCACACACGCACCAACGAGAAGGCCGAGCUACAGCACCUGAAUGACCGCUUCGCCAGUUACAUUGAGAAGGUGCGCUUCCUCGAGCAGCAGAACCAGGCCCUGUCUGUAGAGAUCGAGCGCCUGAGGGGCCGUGAGCCCACACGCAUUGCUGAGCUGUACGAGGAGGAGAUGAGGGAGCUGCGCAGGCAGGUGGACACUCUGACCAACCAGAGAGCUCGCGUUGAGGUGGAGCGUGACAACUUGGCUGAUGACCUACAGAAACUCAAACUCAGACUUCAGGAGGAAAUCCACCAGAAAGAAGAGGCUGAGAAUAACCUCUCUGCUUUCAGAGCUGAUGUUGAUGCUGCCACUCUUGCCAGGCUGGACUUGGAGAGACGCAUCGAGAGCCUUCAUGAGGAGAUUGCCUUCCUCAAGAAGAUCCAUGAGGAGGAGAUCCGUGAGCUGCAGAGUCAGAUGCAGGAUACUCAGGUCCAAAUCCAAAUGGACAUGUCCAAGCCUGACCUGACCGCUGCACUGAGGGACAUCCGCAGCCAGUAUGAGGCCAUCGCAGCCAAGAACAUUUCAGAAGCUGAGGAGUGGUACAAGUCCAAGGUAUCAGAUCUGAACCAAGCUGUGUCCAAGAACAAUGAUGCAUUGAGACUGGCCAAGCAGGAGACUAUGGAGUUCCGCCACCAAAUCCAGUCCUAUACCUGCGAGAUCGAUUCCCUCAAGGGCACCAACGAGUCUCUGAUUAGGCAGAUGAGGGAGAUGGAAGAAAGGAUGGGCCGCGAGGCUGGCGGUUACCAGGACACCAUUGCUCGUCUUGAGGCUGAGAUUGCCAAAAUGAAAGAUGACAUGGCUCGUCAUCUUCGUGAGUACCAGGACCUUCUUAAUGUCAAGAUGGCCCUGGAUGUAGAGAUUGCCACCUAUAGGAAGCUGCUGGAGGGAGAGGAAAGCAGGAUCUCUCUGCCUCCGCAGGCGUAUUCCUCCUUGAGCUUCAGAGGUGAUGUCAGAGAGACCAGCCCUGAGCAGUUCACACAGCCACGUGCCUCUGAGAUCCACUCCAAGAAAACAGUUCUGAUCAAGACCAUAGAGACCCGUGAUGGAGAGUCUAAAACUUCUCGCGAGGCAAUGAGUGCCAUGAGCGCUCAGUGUGUUGUCAGUGAAUCUACACAGCACCAGCAGGACGUCAUGUAAAACAGAGAAGAUAGCCAAGGUGCAAAGAAAACAGCAACAGAAUUUGAUCCAAUCUGAAACAAGACAUUUCCAUGCCACACAGGCCCUCAGGGUUUUUUUUUUUUUUAUAUAUAUAUAUAUAUAUAUAAAUAUAUAUAUCCUCAGUGAUGCUGUGACCCACAAUUCCAGGCAGCUAUGGAGGAAUAAAGGAGAUAAAGCUGAAAGUGUGCAAAGGCCAACAGAUUAUGAAUGAAGAUGAAACUGCGGCAGUUAUUUGUUAAAACGAACGUCAAUAUUCAACUGCUAAUUCUCUGAAUUUUGUAUGAAAGUGUGUGUCUGAGUGUGCUUGUGAGUAUGUGGGUCACGUGCAUCAUGAUUUACCACAUACCACCAUAUGAGGCCUGCUAGUUGAUUUUGUGGUUUCAUUAAGAUGAAACGCGAUCAUCUGACACAUUGCAUGAAAUGGUCACAUAAAUGUCUGUGUCUUAGUAACAUGAGACAAUGAUAAUGAUUCACAGACAUGGGAAGGGGAACUACAUUAAAAACCUGUUAUAUAAUGUAAACUGUUGUUUAUUUCAAUUGUAAAGGGGAAAAAUAAAGUUUUAAAACAAUCAUCA